UGGAUCCUGGUCCAGCAGCGCCUUGACAUCACAGUUUUCUUCGACUACAACUUUGCGACCUACGAAACUGGAUUUGGCGAUCAGACAAACUUUUGGAUUGGGUUGAUGAAAAUUUACGAUCUAACCAAGAACAAGAAUUACAAAAUCAGAUUUGAAAUGCAGUCUGUUAAUAGUAAUUGGUAUUCGGCAGAUUAUUCCUACUUCUAUUUGGACCCGCCAUCAACUGGUUACGUACUCCAACUCGGGACAUACAUUGGUGAUGCUGGUGACGCAAUAAGGCUGGCCGCACCGAAAGGAGCCGUAGUUGGAUAUCCAUUCUAUACUUCGGAAACCACGCCAGCGAAUUGUCGGAGUUCCACGAAUGGAGGAUGGUGGGUGAAUUAUUGUACUAUGAGUAAUCUCAAU